GAAUGUUCGUAUGCUAUCAGAGGGAGAUAUGGUCGACGACAUGUUGCCCAGCUUCAUGUCUCGGGUGAAGGUCAUGCGCGAGGUGCUGCUACCCAUGCCAGAAGACACGCUGAAGGAAGCCCUGUACCAUGCUGGCAGUUACCUUAUCCCCCUGGACUCAGAGACUGAGCUUUGCCGUAACCACAGCAACCUCAUGUUUGAGAGCUACCUCAAAUAUGAUUUGUGGGCGCUUAGGAUGGUGGACGCUUCGUCCAAACUACCAUCAGGGGUGCUGGACGGCCACAUGAUGGACAUAGGCAGCUACGACCAGUGUCUGACAGCGGAAGCCCCAGAGAAGCUGUUCAGUGGGCAGAUGUGCAUUGUGGAAACUAAAGGGUUUAUACCGGACGUCAUUAACAAACUAAAUCCCGAGAAACCUUUUCUGAAGACUUUCCGGGUGGAUCUGUUAUUUUCGGUCUGUGUACCUUCUUCCUGCACAGCUCAAGACGUCAAGAGUCACAUUGAUAUAGCUCUUAACUCUGUGAACGCUUCUUCCUUCGUAUCGGAAAGCAAUUGUUCCUCUAAUGUCUCCUCGCCUCUGAAGAUGAAGGAAUGGAUAGCCAUAUUUUUGAUUGGUCUUAUCGUCGUACUUGUAAUCCUGAGCACUGUGUAUGAGAACUCCUGCUUGGAAUCUGAAAAGAAUAACCUCCUAUGUGCCUUCUCUCUGGAGACAAACGUUCGCCAAAUGCUCUCCACUCAGACCACCCCCGCAGCCCUAACCUGCCUUAAUGGUCUCCGAGUUAUUGCCAUGAUAUGGGUGAUUUUAGGCCACAGGAUGCUUCAGAUGAUAAGCUUUCCUAGUAUUCGGCCCAAGACCAUCAUUGAGAGAAUUGACGACCCCAUCUUGGCACUCAUAGAAAACGCCCAGCUGUCUGUAGAGAUAUUUUUCCUCAUGUCAGGAAUACUGGUGGCCUACGGAUAUUUACGAUACAUGAAGAAAGGUCACAAGUUCAAUGUUUUCUACUUCUACAUGUAUAGAUACUUAAGGUUGACGCCAGCUCUUGCCAUGAUGGUGUUGCUCUACGCUACUAUUGGUGUCCGCUUCUCGAAUGGCCCGAUGUGGCGAAAGUUCUACGAUAUGGUCAACUCCUGCUGUUAUUAUAACUGGUGGGUCACCCUCCUCUACAUCAACAACUACUACGAUCCGUACAAUAUGUGUGUGACGCAGUCUUGGUUCUUAGCUUCAGACUUCCAACUGUAUGUGUUCUCUCCUGUUCUCCUGAUUCCGCUCCAUAAGAAACCGAAAUUAGGAUUUCUACUCAUAGUACUGUUUGUGAUUAUAACUACAUCCGGAAGUCUUUGGAACGCCAUUACCAAGGAUCUCAAGGGUGGAGGAGCCUUUACGUUUGACAGACGGUCCGAGGACACGUUCGCGAAGGAGUACAUAGUGACACACUGGAGAGCGACUUCUUUCCUCGUAGGAAUGGCUCUGGGCUACGUCUUCUUCAAGGUCAAACAAGGGGAACUCGUACUAAAGCUGUCCAGAGCCAAGGUUUGGGCAGGAUGGCUUUUGUCUAUAUUCUUCAUCGUCUUCAGUGUAUUCUUUAUAAUAGUGCUCCAGAACCCUGAGUAUGUCCCUAAGCGGUGGGUGGACAUCCCCUACAUGGUGUUCCACAGACACUUGUUUAUAGCAGGGUUCGCCUGGAUCAUCUUGGCCUGCAUCCUCGGCCACGGUGGUUACCUGAACCAGUUCCUCUCUUGGAACAUUCUGAUCCCGUUCACCCGACUCACUUAUGGAGCGUUCCUGACCCAUGUACUGAUUCAGUCGAUAGAGACCUACUCCCAAAGGGUUCCCGGCACACUCAUCGCUAUGAAUUAUUGGUUCCAUAUUGUUGCCGACUUCACUCUCAGUUACUUGGCAGGCGCCGUGCUCUUCCUCACAGUGGAGGCUCCUUGUGGUAACAUUGCCGCUUGUUGUUUUGAAGGUAAAAUGAAGUCCAAAGAAGUUCCUGAAAACCAAGCAACAGAGAUGCCAGUUAUAAGUCAAAGAUUGUAACGUAGGUUUCAUGUUAGUAAUGUUGCUCAAACGAAUGUGAAUAUUCAAUGUUUUAUAACAAAAUCAUGUAUGCGUGUACUUUCCAAACUUUAUUUUUUGUGGUUAACUCGUGACUAGCACAUUAAGCUAUUUCUCCAAACAAGAUCACAUUAGCCUAUGCGGGCGAAACACUUGUUUGUUAGUAGCUUGUACUGUUUUUAAGCCAGAAAUAGUAAGAAACAUAAAAUAAGCCUGUAAAAAUAUUAACUCGUACAUAUAGUCUACACUGCCAACUGUAUUAUGCCAAUCGUUAGUUUACAAAGACAUCUUACAUUACCUCCAUUAAAGUAACUAUUCUUGUAUCAAGUUUUAUGGAUGAGAGAUUCGUCAUAAAAAAUUACCUGUUUAAUUUUUUCGAGCAUGGAAAUAGAUGUCUUGUGGCAGGAUCUUCUCAUAGGUCUUGUACAGAAGGGAUGCACCAUGCCCUUAGUACCGGUUUUUACGGGAUGGAAGGGGUGAUUUUCCUGCAAUUAGUGAUGGGCUUUGCUGUUUGCUAUAGAUAACUGCAGUUUACACCCUGAUUAAUCAGUAAUCACUAAUCCUAUAUCAAGUAAAAUACUUUUAACUGUGUGUAUAAAUUAAAUUUGUAGUACUAUAAAAUUAUGGAGACGGUUUCAGCAUGAAGUACAUUUAUAUAUGUCGUAAACGAGAAAAUGCUAUUUUAUUUUAAAUUUUAGUUGGACGCAACGUAACUGGAUAACACGUCCAGCCGUAUUUGGAAUGUUUAGAAUUUAUUUAGAGGACAAAGCUUCCUUUUUAAAAUACUGAAUAUUUAUUCAAAUCCCUUAGCACCGAAUUCUCCGGCGGUUUUAGUAAUAGUUCUAAAAACUCUGAUAAGUGACACAACGUCCACAAGAUCUGAAUAUUGUUACUGUAGCCGUCCGAUACUACAGAAUAAUGUUCGGUCCUGUCGGUGAGUAGCGAAUCAUGUGGUGCUAGGGAACCGUUUAAAUCUGAAGGACGUUUCCACUAUUCGGCGCUAAUAAACUCAAAUCAUUCAGGUAUAAUAUUACUGGAAUGGAUUAUGAAAAUCAGAAUGGCUAGCUUUGUACUAUGUAUAAAAAAUAAUACUAAAACACAAAAUAACCAAAAUACUAAUACACAAAUUAUCAUUUUGUAAGGGUUAGUAAAUAUACAAUAUAAAGCUAAAUAAAAUUCAAUUUAAAUGUUUAUUUGUUAAAUGAUUAUAGUAUAUAAUAUAUAUAUAUAUAUAUAUAUAUAUAUAUAUAUAUAUACACUAGUAAUUUUUAUGUUAAUUAUGUAAUGUGAAUAUAUAUGUGAUUAUGUGAUAUGAUAUGUGAUACAUAAAACAUAAGGUGUACAUUUAUUUUGUUCCUGAUUGGUAGUAAAAAACAAGUGACAUAUAUAGUGACAUAAUGAAAUAAUAUAACAUAAGAUGUAAAUGUAAAAAUCAUGGUUUAACUGUAUAUUAUUACAACUAAUUAUAAAUAUCAAUAUUACAUUUUUGAGUAAAAAUUCUUUUGUGAGAAA